AUGGAUUUCAAUGAAAAUGUAUAUUGCAGGCUCUGUGCCGAGUUAAAGCCUCACAACAAACUGCUAAAUCUUCAAAAUGACGCGGAAAAACAUCUUGAUAUUGUCAAUAAAUUGUCUCGAUUCAAUGUGCAAAUGGAUUUCAACGACGAAAUAUUACCAAAAACAACUUGUUUCUCUUGUGUUAAUGCGUUAAAUAAUGCCUUUGAUUUCGUGACUGGAGUAGAGCUGGCUCAAUCAACUCUAAACGAUGUUAUUUUAAAGAAACAAAUAAAAAAAGAGGAGACACUAUCAGACACAGAAACCUAUGUAAUUUAUGAACCUCCAGAGACAGAAACUUAUGAAUCAGAUAUUACUAUUAAAGUUGAAUCAGAGAACCAGCAGUCUACUAGCCAAACAGAAGUAAAUGAAAGUACAAUUACAGUUAGAAAUAAAAAAGUAAAGAAAAUGUGCUAUAGUUUAGAUGCAUUACCUUUAUCCGAGUUAAAAUUAUCUUGGGAAAACUUUACCUGGCAGUGUGGAUUUUGUGAAACUCAGUUCCCUACUAUAGAUGAGUUACAAAGUCAUUCUAUGCAGUACCACAGCGUCUGUAAUGCAUUUUACUGCAUGGACUGCAAAACGAGGAAGCUACGUCUCGACAACUUCUUAGUGCAUGUAAAACGGCAUCGAAAUUAUUUAAAAUUCUCUUGUUACAAAUGUACCAUAAAAUUCCCAAGAUUAUUUGAGGCCAACAAACACAAAGAUGCACAUAAAACAUCGGAUCACAUAUGUUCUGGAUGCAACAUGUGUUUCGAAAAUGAGGAGGAAUUAAAUAAACAUGUCAUAACUUACCUGAAAGGGUUACGAGGUGAACUGUCACCUGAACUGAAGUUGAACAGUGACAGUCUAACUUGCACAAUUUGUGAGAGAACAUGCAAAAGUAAAAAUAGCUUGUCCUCGCACAUGCUAACACAUACAGACAGAAACAAAACCUACACUUGUGAGAUUUGCGGUAAAGGUUUCUUCCGUAAAGGGAGUUUAGCCAAUCACAUGAUUCAACAUUCGGAUGCAAGACCACAUCAAUGUGAAAUAUGUAAGUUAACUUUUAAAACUCCAAGGUGUUUACGUAAUCAUGCUGGUGUACACGAUGGAGGGAAACCGUAUUCUUGUGACAAAUGUGGACGAUGCUUUAGACUAAAAUCUCAGUUAAGGAACCACUUGAUAGUUCACACUGACUCACUACCUUAUUUGUGUACGUACUGUAGUAAACGUUUCCGUUUCAAAUCAAUACUCAAUCAACAUGUACGCCAACACACUGGGGUUAAACCAUAUUCUUGUACUAUUUGUCAAAGAGACUUUACAAACUGGCCUAAUUUUAACAAGCACAUGAAACGUAGACAUGGUACGGACAUGGCAAAGAAGAAACAUACCUCGGUAGGUACAUAUCCUAUUGACCCUGUGACGGGACAGAUUAUGUAUCCAGAGGAGGAGAAACUGAAUGAAUGGAAGAAGAAAAUGAUGGAUUACAAAAGAGUAAGAAAACCGAGGGAUAACAUUAAGCCAACUGACUUACAAACUGCAAAUAAUGAAGUAAGUUUAAUAAAUAAUCAGAUAGAAAAUUGA